GGUCGGGUUUGGCUGGGUAUGUCGGGUCGAGGUCAGGUCACUACUCCGUGACCCGUCACCCACCCGGCACACCCGACUCACCCGACUCAACGUAACAGCUGAAUUUAUGUCUGCUUGCUACUUCCGCUGUCAGUGUAUUCCUUUUAUCCUUCGGAAACUUUCUUUUUUGGUAUUGUACAGCUGUACAGUUGUGUUAGCUAAGCCAGAAAAAAAUCGUCAGUCAAAUCUGGGACACACACACACACACACACCUUCCAUUAUCAAUAUGCCUCAAGCAGCCGAACCUGAUCCCCCUCUCGUAAAGGGCAAACAUAGGCAUAUUGAGACAGAGCGUCAUCGUCUUGGGGUUCAGCAAGCUGCCGAAGAACCUACUUCUUCCGUCUCAUCACUCCCUUCCUCCAUUAGGCGUGCGACGAAGAAGGCUAGGAACACGGUCAAGAAGGCUGGCUCGGCUGUCAAGAAGCUCACGCGACGCAAGAAAACAGCAACAUCCGUGCAACCCGUGUAACCCGUUGCACGCCCGUGGCCCGUUGCACGGGUGAUCCGGUUUGCUCGGGUAC